AUGGACUACCAAAUUCGAUUCGACAUAAAGGUUUUCGAGUUCAUGGGCGAUCAUUGUGGGCUACCGGAUAGACCAAAGGCUAUCAAAGAUCCGAGAGACAUGAUGCUGUACUGGGAAAGUACCUCAAAGCUCGAGUCGCCAGAACUGACAAAUCAUCGCCUGUUCAUUAUCCAGGACCUCCAUCCUAGGCUGAUAGAGAUACUAGGAGUUUUAUUGGAUAUACCCCCUGAGUUCUUUCUUGCCCAUUGCGAGGAGUUUGCCAGUCUCGGUGUUUCCAGCGCUUCUGGUGCUUCCCAAGGCAGCUCAGCCUACUGGAAAGUUCCUGUACCAAGGCGCUAUGAUGUUCCAGACUCGUGGAAUAAACGAGUGCCAGGUUCCUACUAUGCGAAAUUGGGAAAUUUCAAUCUUGAGGCUACGUGGGAUUCUUCAGUGAGCCACGACCUCAAGGACUGUUCUUCUCUCCGAGACAUACCGCGUGAAUUCAAACUCGAAUCUUCCCUCAAUGAUACCAUACAACCACACAAACAACGAAUCUUCGACACUGCUACAGAAGCAUAUGACCAGCACGAUAUCAUCACCACCAACGAUCCCUUUUCGGCUUCCAUCUUGAUUCGCAACAUCGUCCGUUUUAUCUGGGACGAGUUUGUCAACCGACUAGUAAUAGGUAUUUAUGAUGCACGGUGGGAUGAAGAGGAAGAGUAUUCGACAAAACGCGGCCUGCAAAGAUCAUCAUCCCGGAUUAAUCACGAAAUACCGAGUAAUGAGAAGUAUCACCGUUUAUUGGGAGAAACUAACGGCUCACACCCAAUGCUCAAGGGUAAUAAGAACGAUCCAAUGGCCAAGAGCGAACAUGAGUCGUGGACAUUUCUGGAAGCAAGGCUGGAAGCUGCAGAAAUAACGUUGGGCAAUCACCUUGAAAUGUUUGCACAGCAUUCAGCAUUGGUGCAUUCGGAAGCGGCCAACAUGAUGGCACGAAGCUCUGGACAGUUGACCAAGAUAGCUAUAGUCAUUGUACCAUGCUCCUUCGUGGCAUCUAUUUUCUCCAUGGGAGGAAACUUUGCGGCCGGGGAGUCACUCUUCUUUGUAUAUUGGACGGUCUCAUUGCCUAUCACGUUGGUCCUACUAACUUGGGUCUUGUCCAAAGAUAAGGACAGCAUUGACUUCUUCGAACGAACGCUGUCUCCUGUCCUACGGAAGUGUGGCCAGAAAAAGGCUGAGGCUCAGAAGCCAGAGUGGAGGAAUGGUAUCAGGAGGAGAUGGGGUCGGUUUAAAAGAGGAUGUCGUGAGCAGGAACUUGAACUUGGGGAACUAUAG